AUGGAGGCAAUGUUAGAAAAUGAUGAUACUAACUUUACAGUUGGAAAACGCAUAGUAGACAUUGAUAUAUUGGCUAAUAAUUUAACAUGUAAAGUUUGCGAGGAUAAUUUAUUAUUAAAACAAAUAAAAAGAGAAAUCCGUGCAGGCCUCCAUUCAACGUUUACUAUUAAAUGUAAAAAGUGUGGUUUAUUAAAUCAAGUUGAUGCAGGUAAAGUUCAUCUUUCCAAGGAUAACAGGAAGCGUGCAGAUAUAAACACUAAAGUUGUAUUUGGUGCCUUACAUGCAGGAAUUGGAUGCACAGCUUUGAAUAAAGUUUUAGCUUGUGCUAAUUUACCAGGCAUUUCAAAAGAUUUGUUUAAACGCUCUGAAAGAGAAGUGGGACCUGCGAUAGAGGCUGUGGCUAAAGAAAGCUGUAAAUCUGCGGCUGAAGAAGAACGACAACUAGUUAUUCAAAAAAUCGACGAAUUGUGUAAAGACCUACCAGAAGAAGUUGUUCAGGAGAUUUAUCCACUACAUCUAAAUCUUCGUUCCUACAUUAAUGCUGCUGAAGACUCCGAAGCUACUGAUGUUAAUAUUUCUAGCGAAAAUAUUGGAAACUUUGACCAAGAUCUAGGUGAAAUAAUAAAUAUUAUUGUAUCGUACGAUAUGGGUUGGAGCAAGCGAGGUAACGGGCGUAGUUAUGACAGUCUGAACGGAUAUGGCUGUAUAAUUGGAUUUUUAAGCGGGAAAGUAUUAGAUUAUGAAACUUGCAACCGGAAAUGUUUGUUAUGUGAUUUAGGACAUCCAAAGGAUGAUCAUGAUUGCCGUUUAAAUUUUCAAGGCAGUGCUAAGGCUAUGGAGCCUACUGUUGGAGCUUCGUUGGCUAACAAUAGUCCAAUUCUGAAAGAAUCAGGCUUACAAGUUCGAGUCUUGAUAGGUGACGAAGAUAGUUCAACAAUAUCGGCGGUGCGUAAAGGAACAACGAAGACAAUCUUUAAAUUUUCCGAUAAAAAUCAUCUUCAAAGAUCCUUCAACACUGACUUGUAUGGAUUACGUGUAAGCCACAACGAGAUGAAAAAGAAGGGAGUUGUUGAACAUAUUAGAAAAUGCCUCAGCUAUGCCAUCGCUCAAAACAAGGGCAAAAAUCGUGAGCUUGCUGCUGCUAUGCUUGCAAUACCAGAUCAUUUAUUUAACCACCAUGAAAAUUGUGGCUCAUGGUGUCGACGUGGCGAACCUAACUCGGAAAAUCAAACUGUUUUACUCAAAAGUAUUAAUUUAUAUAACGCAUUAAAGGCGAUUUUUACUAAGUACUCAAAAAGUUCUGAAAAAUUUUGCAUUGCUGCUUCAAGCCAAGCAAAUAAAAGUAUAAAUAACAUCAUGGCCCAUAAAGCUCCGAAAAAUUGUUGCUAUAGUCGGAGCGAGUCGGCUGACUAUCGAUAUGCUAGCGCAAUUUGCACGAAAAAUGAAGGUGACUCUCACAUUAUGGCUGUCAAUGAAAAAUUAUCUCUGUCACCCGGCAAACACACAAAGUCUUUCACCAGUCAAAUGGACAGGACAAGACUCAAAAGAACUAUAAAAUGUCAGCUUCCUUCAACUAAACGUAGGAGAAUAAUACUUAGUAAAAAAAGAGACAACUUAAGACAAAAAAAUGAAAAGUUGGAAGGUGUCCAAUACCAAACAAAUUGUGGUUUUCUCAAUUUAUCAACCCAAUCUACUGAAGAACUCAUUGAUCAAGCUUCCUACGUGGAUUUUCCCAACGUAAUAUCAGACUCAUCAAAGAUUGUCUAUUUUGACCUGGAGACGUCAGGCUUCCACAAGACUGAUGAAAUUUUACAAAUAGCUGCUCAAUAUGAUGAGUGUAAAUUUAAUGUUUAUAUUACUCCAACAAAGGAAAUUAAUCCUGAAGCUUCUGAGCACACUGGAUUAAAAAAUAUCAAUGGACAACUUUACUUGAGGCAUGAUAAAGUAUUAACAGUAUGUUUAGAAGAUGCUUUACGUGCAUUUAAACAAUUUUUGUCUAAGUUCAAAGAACCUUGCCUACUUGUUGCGCAUAAUGCGUCAUUCGAUGUUUCUCAUUUGGUUCGAGCUAUUUUAAAAUGCGACAUGGUUAAUGAUUUUACAGUGAUUUGUGGUUUUUGCGAUAGUCUACCGUUGUUGAAGAAACAUUUCAAUGAAAGAAGUGGUGAAGGGGCAUUUAAAUUGGAAACUCUGGCUAAAGAAUUAUUACAGCAAGAGUCUACUGGAGCUUUUCAUGAAGCAUCCUACGACGUGUAUGUUUUGAAAUCACUUGUAUCAUCUUAUCUCGAUAAUGAGGAUAUUUUCAAGAAUGCUAAGACUUAUGCUGACUCUGUAAACCACGUAAUUGAAUUACGAAGAAUUAACACUAUAUUACCUUCAUUAAAACCACUGAAAGAUACUCUAAAAAAUGGUAUGCUGCGAAAAUUGGCCAAAGAAAAUCUAACAUUUGAAAUAUUACAAAAAAAAUUCGAUGAAGAAGGAGAGGAAGGUCUGCUCAGCACUUUUACUUUGCUCAAAAAUGGCAAGCCACAAGUCACCAAAAAUAAGCGCAUACUAGCGCAAAUUUUAACUUUUUUUAAAACCAAAAAUAAAUGUAAUUAA